AUGUCACAAUCUAGCCUUCCACUUGGUGGAGUGAUCACUACCACUUCAAGCAACAUCAACACGCGACGUCCUCCGUUCGGACUAGCCGGUCCUUCCAUCUCAUCUCCAAUCGCAACUCUUUCGUCUUUGACCCCCACUGCAGGUCCUUCAUCACAGUCCUCCGUGAAGAAGGAAAAAUCGCUGAAUCAAGCUAGUCCUCGGAUCAUACGAACGUUUGAGGAAAUUCGUGUGCCUGUGAAGUCGGAAGAGUGGUAUGAGGAGCUGGAAUGUGCAAUAUGCUCACAAGUUCUUGGUGCAACUCAGUCAAUAGUACCUUGUGGACACUCUUUUUGCGGGCCUUGUAGCUGGAAAUGGAUCAAAAGUAAUGAUCAUCCCUCAUGUCCUUCAUGCCGGAUGAAAGUUUCCGAGACGACGCCCUUCAUACCUAAUAUAAUGGUGGAUCAGAUAAUCGAAAGGAAGCUGGCGAAUCUUCCCGAUGGUGCCGAGAGAGGUGCUAUGAUGAUCGAGAGGAGAGAAAAGGCACAAGCUUGGAAAGUUAUUCAAGCCAAUAUGCCACCUUCGAAACCUGGUCAGCCGAAACGUCCGAGAGGACUCGACGAUAUCAUGCAUAAUCUUAUCGAUUUAGCUGCGCCUAUGCCAAUCAUAAGGAGUGGGCACGCUCGUAGAGCUUCACGUCAGAUAACAGAACUAGGAGCUCCGGUGGAUGCGAUGACUGCUGAAGAAACGGAAGCAAAUCAACGAGCCAGGGCAGAGAGUAUUCAAGAAAGAUUGGCGGAAAUGAGAAGAUUAAGAGAGGAACGUAUACGAGUGUUAACGGAACAAGUAGCUGCGAACAGAAGUGCUGAAGAAUCGGCUCAGUCUGCAGAUGUGGAAAUGGCCGACCCAAACAGAGGUCCUGCAAGAGACAAUAGGGUCCAGUCUCCUGUUCCUACUCAACAGCCUCUUGGAUCGUCCUCACCUUCACAUUCGGGUCCAAUCCGGUCAUCAGCCUUAGCUCGCCGCCAAGCACGGGGAAGAGGGGAUAGAGGGACCAGAGACGAUCCUCUGGUGGUCAUUUCCGACGAGGAUGAGCAUCAGAAUGUGUAG